ACAACAGAGCCCUGGGAGAUUGAGGGGCCAGGUCUCGGAGCUAAGUAUCCAGUACAUCCCACCCUAAACACUUCAGAGAGACACGCCACAUACACGAGCAGCAUGGCGGAUCCUAUAGAUAGCGCUCUCGACCUCCUCCGUCGACUCAACCCCAAGGACGUUAAGCGCAAUGUCGACCACAUCAUUGAGCUAAAUCCUGCGCUCGAAGAAGACCUCCUCGAAUCCGUCGACAUCCCGCUUACCGUAAAGAAAUGUUCCAAGACCAAACGCGACUUCCUUUGCUGCGAUUACAACCGUGACGGCGACAGCUGGCGAAGUCCAUGGAGCAAUGAGUUUGAGCCGCCAAUCGAAGAGGGUGUCACGCCUAGUGAUCGUGUCCGUAAGAUGGAAGUCAAGGCAAAUGAGGCAUUCGAUGUGUAUAGGGAGCUAUACUUUGAGGGCGGCAUAUCGAGUGUCUACCUCUGGGAUAUGGAUGAUGGCUUUGCAGGCUGUGUGCUGUUGAAAAAAUCCGUCAACCCCACCCCCAAGAGCUCCGGCAGCUGGGACAGCAUACACGUCUUCGAUGCCCAAGACCGCGCUCGCACCGCCCACUACAAGCUGACUUCCACUGUCAUUCUUUCCCUCGGUACCGACUCCGAAGCGCUCGGCGGUCUAGACCUCUCGGGCAACAUGGUCCGCCAAGUGGAAGCCGACAUGGCCGUCGAGGACGAUACCUCGCACGUUGCCAACAUUGGCAAGAUGGUCGAAGAUAUGGAGCUGAAGAUGCGAAACCUACUGCAAGAAGUCUAUUUUGGCAAGGCGAAGGACGUUGUUGGUGAUUUGCGAAGUAUCCCACCGUUAAGUCAGACGAAUAGAGAUCGGGCGACACAGAGGGAGAUGAUCAACAGCAUGGGUCGGUAGGAUCCAUUGCGAUUUACAGGCGCGGCAGUAUGAACGACAUGGACGACUGCAAAUGAAUAUCAAGUGCCACAGGCCGCUCAGGUUACUGACUGAAUGCCUGGUGCCUCGAGGCCACAAUACAAAAACCGGGUUUAUUACAACGUUCUGUAUAGUUCCUUCCGUGACUUUUCUCGAACAAAGUUGUGUUGGCCCAGUACCUCUGACUGUGGAAAUGGAGAUCACAAGACAUAUGUUCAGAUAAUUAUGAGCAUAGCAUAGCAAUCCUAAUGGGCUGAACAGCCACACAGC